CUUUUCCGAAGUAGCGGGACAAGAGCCACGGGAAGGAACAGUUCCGAGUUCCCAAUCCCGACGUCCUAGCCGCGCCCAGGAGGUGCCUCCUGUGUCCACGCGCUUCCCAGCCAGGCAGCCCUGGCAGAUCCUAUUUUCUGUUCCCCCGAUUCUGGUACCUCUCCCUCCCGCCCUCGGUGCGCAGCCGUCCUCCUGCAGUGCCUGCUUCUCCAGGGGCGAAACCGAUCAGGGAUCAGGCCACCCGCCUCCUGAACAUCCCUCCUUAGUUCCCACAGUCUAAUGCCUUGUGGAAGCAAAUGAGCCACAGAAGCUGAAGGAAAAACUGCCAUUCUUUCUUUCUAAUACCUGGAGAGAGGCAACGACAGACUAUGAGCAGCAUCGAACAAACGACGGAGAUCCUGUUGUGCCUCUCACCUGCCGAAGCUGCCAAUCUCAAGGAAGGAAUCAAUUUUGUUCGAAAUAAGAGCACUGGCAAGGAUUACAUCUUAUUUAAGAAUAAGAGCCGCCUGAAGGCAUGUAAGAACAUGUGCAAGCACCAAGGAGGCCUCUUCAUUAAAGACAUUGAGGAUCUAAAUGGAAGGUCUGUUAAAUGCACAAAACACAACUGGAAGUUAGAUGUGAGCAGCAUGAAGUAUAUCAAUCCUCCUGGAAGCUUCUGUCAAGACGAACUGGUUGUAGAAAAGGAUGAAGAAAAUGGAGUUUUGCUUCUAGAACUAAAUCCUCCUAACCCGUGGGAUUCAGACCCCAGAUCUCCUGAAGAUUUGGCUUUUGCGGAAGUGCAGAUCACGUACCUUACUCACGCCUGCAUGGACCUCAAGCUGGGAGACAAGAGGAUGGUGUUCGACCCUUGGUUAAUCGGUCCUGCUUUUGCGCGAGGAUGGUGGUUACUACACGAGCCUCCAUCUGAUUGGCUGGAGAGGCUGAGCCGCGCAGAUUUAAUUUACAUCAGUCACAUGCACUCAGACCACCUGAGUUACCCAACACUGAAGAAGCUUGCUGAGAGAAAACCAGAUGUUCCCAUUUAUGUUGGAAACACGGAAAGGCCUGUAUUUUGGAAUCUGAAUCAGAGUGGCGUCCAGUUGACUAAUAUCAAUGUAGUGCCAUUUGGAAUAUGGCAGCAGGUAGACAAAAAUCUUCGAUUCAUGAUCUUGAUGGAUGGCGUUCAUCCUGAGAUGGACACUUGCAUUAUUGUGGAAUACAAAGGUCAUAAAAUUCUCAAUACAGUGGAUUGCACCAGACCCAAUGGAGGAAGGCUGCCUAUGAAGGUUGCAUUAAUGAUGAGUGAUUUUGCUGGAGGAGCUUCAGGCUUUCCAAUGACUUUCAGUGGUGGAAAAUUUACUGAGGAAUGGAAAGCCCAAUUCAUUAAAACAGAAAGGAAGAAACUCCUGAACUACAAGGCUCGGCUGGUGAAGGACCUACAACCCAGAAUUUACUGCCCCUUUGCUGGGUAUUUCGUGGAAUCCCACCCAUCAGACAAGUAUAUUAAGGAAACAAACAUCAAAAAUGACCCAAAUGAACUCAACAAUCUUAUCAAGAAGAAUUCUGAGGUGGUAACCUGGACCCCAAGACCUGGAGCCACUCUUGAUCUGGGUAGGAUGCUAAAGGACCCAACAGACAGCAAGGGCAUCGUAGAGCCUCCAGAAGGGACUAAGAUUUACAAGGAUUCCUGGGAUUUUGGCCCAUAUUUGAAUAUCUUGAAUGCUGCUAUAGGAGAUGAAAUAUUUCGUCACUCAUCUUGGAUAAAAGAAUACUUCACUUGGGCUGGAUUUAAGGAUUAUAACCUGGUAGUCAGGAUGAUUGAGACCGAUGAGGACUUCAGCCCUUUGCCUGGAGGAUAUGAUUAUUUGGUUGACUUUCUGGAUUUAUCCUUUCCGAAAGAAAGACCAAGCCGGGAACAUCCAUAUGAGGAAAUUCGGAGCCGGGUUGAUGUCAUCAGACACGUGGUGAAGAAUGGUCUGCUCUGGGAUGACUUGUACAUAGGAUUCCAAACCCGGCUUCAGCGGGAUCCUGAUAUAUACCAUCAUCUGUUUUGGAAUCAUUUUCAAAUAAAACUCCCCCUCACACCACCUGACUGGAAGUCCUUCCUGAUGUGCUCUGGGUAGAGAGGACCUGAGCUGUCCCAGGGGCGCCCAACAACAUGAAAAAUUCAAGAAUUUAUUGCUGCUACAUCAAAGCUUAUACCAGAGAUUAUGCCUUAUAGACAUCAGCAAUGGAUAAUUACAUGUUGCACUUGUGAAAUGUGCACAUAUCCUGUUUAUGAAUCACCGCAUAGCCAGAUUAUCAAUAUUUUACUUAUUUCGUAAAAAAUCCACAAUUUUCCAUAACAGAAUCAACGUGUGCAAUAGGAACAAGAUUGCUAUGGAAAACGAGGGUAACAGGAGGAGAUAUUAAUCCAAGCAUAGAAAAAAUAGACAAAUGAGGGGCCAUAAGGGGAAUAUAGGGAAGAGAAAAAAAUUAAGAUGGAAUUUUAAAAGGAGAAUGUAAAAAAUAGACAUUUUGUUCUUUAAUAGGUUGAUUCCUCAAAUAGAGCCCAUGAAUAUAAUCAAAUAGGAAGGGUUCAUGAGCUGUUUUCAAUUUUUCAAAAAGCUUUGUUGAAAUCAUAGACUUAGCAAAACAAGGCUGUAGAGGCCACCCUAAAAUGGAAAAUUUCACUGGGACUGAAAUUAUUUUGAUUCAAUGACAAAAUUUGUUAUUUACUGCAGAUUAUAAACUCUAACAAAUAGCGAUCUCUUUGCUUCAUAAAAACAUAAACACUAACUAGUAAUAAAAUGAGUUCUGCAGACAAAAA